AUGAGUGAUCGUGCAGAGCGUCCAGCCGCUCAAGGCUCCAUGACUGGCUCUGACAGAGACGAGUCUCCCAGUCCUGGACACCAGUCACCCUCUUUUCAGCCACAAAAUCCACCAGUGAUCCUGGACCCCAUUAACACGUUCCAAGGCCGUAUGCGACUUGACUCAGGCCCGAUUACUCCUCGUACCGAACGAGCAGCCGUGGAGCCAUCAACUAUGAGACCUGGCCCAAAUCCUGAAGCUGUUGCGACUCAAUCUAUUGAGCUGCUGCUGCCUGAGUCUUUCGAAGUCCCGAUCAUGCUCGACGAUCCAAUGUACCGUGCAGCUUCUGAUCGUGUGCUACCACCAGUGUCUCCUUUGCCUGCGGAAAACCCCUCUGUUACGGUUCCCAACCCCAACACCGUGUCACCUACACGUGGUACAUCCUUUGCAUCUCGAUUCGGCCAGCCAGGAUCGUCAUCGUCACCAGCUCCAUGGCCCGAAGGUGCUGUGCCAUAUUCUCCUGAGCGCAUGCUGGAAGCAUGGCUCGUCCGGCAGCAGCUGCUUGUUGGCAUCCCAAUUGACCAACUCCAGCCAAUGACUACCCCUGGUCGAGGCCGCACCCACCAGACACCUCCAUGGAUCAUCAUCACCCCCGAAGGCGCUCAUAUUGUGGCUAUUCCACCUGCGAGGUUUCAUGGUGUCAUGCAGCCUAUCCCCCGUGUUCCUUGGUUGCCGGCUCCCUCUACCGCACUAAGCCCGCCUCCUGCUGCACCGACUCUUGACGCACCAAUUGCCCCUGAAGUUUCGACUCUCUCUGCUACGUCAACUUCAUCUGCUGUACCCAGUGCCGCUGCUGAGCGCAAUCGAGAUAUGAGAUCAGUCUUGGAAAUGCAUCACCGUUUGGCAAUAUCGCGCUUGGCUGAAUCCGUUUCAUCUGCUCGCAUAAAUCCACACGCUGCUUCACCAACUCUGUCUGUUCCCUCCGGUCCCACUAUUGAUCCACCUCCUCGUGAGGCGGAAGUGCGUCUUCGCUUACCCAGUCCGGUCGCCUCGUCACUCUCGCCUGUAGUGUCGAAUCCGACCCUGGCGGUGCGCUCCAUUUCGUCUGAUUCAGCUACCAUGAGAAAUCCCCGUCCGGUAAGACCGCGCACCCCUUCACCAGAGUUGCCUGCCUCCUCGGUGCCGCCUGGCGUGUUGACACCGCGUAUGACAUUGCGCACCACUCCUGAUUCGUCUACUGUGAGGGAUCCACGACCUCGUCCGACAAUACUGCACGCCUCUGCGCCUACUUCGUCCAUCUCAUCGGCCCCGCUUUUUGCGGUGUCUAAUCCACGACUAGCAGCAAGGCGACCCCCUGGGUUUAGCUUAUCUGCUUCGAGGGAUCCACGUCCGAGAUUGACGCAUUGCCGUUUGACUAACACGGCUAUCUUUUCGGGUCGCCUUUUUACGUAUCCUCCACGCCCAAGCACACCACGCCCGCCGCCUAUUAAUCCAGCCCGUGGGUCAUCACGCAGACCAGAUGCAGGGUCUAUGGGUGGUGUGAACCAGGCUGACAAUGCUUCUCGCGAGGGAUCUACUCCGGCUGGAGAUAUUCCUCUUCAAGUUACUCGAGCAGUUUCCGAUGAGGCUAGCAAUAUUCAUCGCCAGACUCCUUUUGGAGGAGGUGACGGAUGUUGGGCACCGUUUCCCACAUUUGAUCUCUUGGACAACGAAAUUGGCAAAGACGGGGUAUUUCCUGAAGAUACACAGACCCCUGAAGAAAUUUCAACUUCUCAGGUCAAAUGCUUCCCACCUACCAAUCCAUAUUUCUCUCUCCACAGCAGACUAGUACGGUCAAUUUCCAAUCACCCCAUAGAGCCCCUCUUUAUGGGAGUGUUGACGGACAACCUAGGUGUCUUGGGGCUAAAUCCUGCAGGUGAAGGUUUUAUUCUCAAUCUUUUUCCAAGAGAUGGCCCUGACCGUAAGACUUUCUUUGCAUCGAUCCCAGAGUUUGCCGAAAAAGCUCUUCCAAGCCCGAAUGAAGACGCGAUGGGUGACAGCUCUUUCUCUCUUGGCGAUCCUUUCGUUGGAAUUUUCGAAAUCCUUGCACUUAUUGCAGGUCACCUCACACGCGCAGACCUUGAAACUCUUGCAAUCACAAGCACUGGCCUACGAAAGUUCGUUUGGCGACACAUGUUCAGUGAAGUCUUCCUGUUACAAUCACAUGAGACACAGCGCAACCCUCGGAAACAUACGCCAUCUCCGCAUUGGACAGGUUGGCAUCGCUGGGAGGAGCCUAUUCCCAUUGCGUACCCAUGGAUAACGUGGGAAGUCCGAUGCCUCAUGAGUAGUGGGAUUGACUUUGUGCAGUAUCCUGUCUACUAUCCCGUUCGCUUUGUCCACAUCAAUCUCAAUUCAUUUGCUCCCAGUCCAAUCCAACGUUGGGGAUUGAUCCCUUUGGAUAUCUUGACAAACGAUGAAUAUACGCACCGUCAACUGGACAGUUCACUCACCUUGGAGGUGUACGAAGCUCCUGAUGUGAAUGAUUCUCUUUACAGGGCAGAUGAGAUGCAACAGUUCCUGGGCGAGCAGUGUGCCUUGCCCAAGUAG